GAUGACGAACCUGGAAUGAGGACAGACCGGUUUGCUGAACUGCUCCCCGAAAUCUCAGUCGAGCAGCCUUCUCAGUCCUCGAAGGACUCAGCAGACGCGAGGGAGAAGGCUUGUGAAUCCAGCUCUCUCUCUCAGGUCAAGGUUUCAGAGGAAGACCGCGGCAAUGCUAAUCCUGAGGACCCCUCUAACAGGCCCCAGGUGGCGGUUCUGCGAAGGACUCCGUGCAACAGCCAUCCCCUAGGCAGCAGGAGAGUGGUGAGCAUGUAUGGCUCCCUCCCCGAGACGGAACAGCAGCGGCAGCAAAGGAAUCCCAGUGGUAACCCACCGGGGCGUCUCCAGAGGCCCAGGAGUGUGUGUAUGCUGGCCUCUGCCCCGGCAGGACGGCCCUCCUCCCCUACGUCUGGUGGCGUAGAUCCCCCGGGGGUUCCUCUGCGCAGGAGCCGUCGAGCGGAACUCCGAGCCGUCGACGGCCUCAAGCCGGAGCUUCCGCCCGCCUUCUGCCUGCCCCCGUUCCCGAAGGACGGCGUCCAGAGGAGGACGAACAGGAACGCGAAGAAGCAGCAGCGCCCCGCUAGCAUGACCGUCCUGGAGCUGAAGGAGCGCAGCGUCUCCCAGGAUGUGCUCACCAGGGAAGUGCCGAGCCUGUCUCGAGGAGGCUUCCGCUGGAAGCUGUUUGGCAAGCCGGCGCAGGACAAGGAGCCAGCUGCUCCCCCUGCUCCUCCGGCGCCCGCGGAGGGUAAACCGGAGACCCCUAAACGCACCCUCAGCUCUUUACGCCGGAGCCUCAGCGUCCGCAUCAGACGCAACCGCAACCGGACCGAUUCCGAGCCGGAGCUGGCGUCGAACCCGCGGAGUCGCACGAGAAGUUUCGGACAGGACGCGCUGCGUGCCGCCCAGCCGUUCUCUUACCUGACCGGCAGAGCCCUGUCGCCGGCCUACGAGAAGGACGAGGACCAGGGCAAGAUGCAGUACAUUCAGUACCAGACGAGAGGGAAGGUCAAGGUGAUGGAGGUCCCGAUCCAUCCAGCCAAGCUCGCUGAGAAACGGACCCAGGAGGAGCCCAGUCUGUGGCAGCUUAUUGCCAACCGUUUCAGGAGGAAAAACCAGCCGACCAGCAACAAAUCUGAACUUUAUGCCGACACCCAGGCAGCUGGCACCUAUCCCCCUGUAAGGCUAAAAAAGCCACCACCAGUUACCAUAGAGACAUUAGCAGCUAGAACUGGCACCAGUAAAGUUCAAGACUCCUUUGUCAACAGUCAGGAAUGGACAUUGAGUCGAUCAGUACCAGAGCUCAAAGUGGGCAUCGUGGGGAACCUCUCGAGCGGGAAGUCGGCCCUGGUGCACCGCUACCUGACAGGAACAUAUGUUCAGGAGGAGUCACCUGAAGGGGGCCGAUUUAAGAAGGAGAUCGUUGUGGAUGGACAAAGUUACCUGCUUCUGAUCCGAGAUGAAGGAGGACCUCCAGAGCUACAGUUUGCUGCCUGGGUGGAUGCUGUGGUAUUUGUCUUCAGCCUUGAGGACGAGAUCAGUUUCCAGACAGUCUACAACUACUUCCUGCGUCUGUCUAGCUACAGGAAUACAAAUGAGGUUCCCAUGGUGUUGGUGGGUACGCAAGAUGCCAUCAGCGCCACCAACCCCAGGGUCAUCGAUGAUGCUCGCGCCCGGAAGCUCUCCAACGACCUGAAGCGCUCCACCUACUACGAGACCUGCUCCACUUACGGCCUCAACGUGGAGCGAGUCUUCCAGGACGUCGCCCAGAAAGUGGUGGCCCUGAGGAAAAAACAGCAGCUCUCCAUUGGCCCGUGCAAGUCCCUCCCCAAUUCCCCCAGCCACUCAUCUGUCCCCGCUGCGUCCAUCCCUUCUGUCCACAUCAAUCAGGCGGCUAACGGUGGGGGUGCCUUCAACGACUACUCGUCCUCGGUGCCCUCCACGCCCAGCAUGGGGCAGCGGGAGAUGCGGAUCGAGACCAUCGCCGCCUCCAACACGCCCACGCCCAUCCGCAAGCAGUCCAAGCGCCGCUCCAACAUCUUCACAUCGCGGAAAGCCAGCGAGCAGUCAAAGAGCAUUGACAGUAAAACUGACAGCAUAGGCAGUGGAAGGGCCAUACCCAUCAAACAGGGAAUCCUUUUAAAGAGGAGUGGGAAAUCCCUGAAUAAAGAAUGGAAGAAGAAAUACGUGACCCUGUGUGAUAACGGCCUCCUAACCUAUCACCCCAGUUUACAUGACUACAUGCAGAAUGUGCAUGGGAAGGAGAUCGACCUGUUGAGGACCACAGUGAAGGUGCCAGGGAAGAGGCCUCCGCGCGCUGUGGCCACGGUCGCCCCCACCGCCAGCCCCAAGACCAACGGCCUGCCCAAGGACCGCAGCACCCUGCAGCUGGGCGUCGGCACCUCUGGUGCGCCCCACUCCAACAGCAGCACCUCUCUGCAGUCGGAGCGAGGUGCCGGUGGAGCGGCAGGGCUGGGGGGCUUCGGCGGCAGUAAGGAGGGGAUGCACCAGCGCUCCUUCUCCGUGUCCAGCGCUGAGCAGUGGAACGAGGCCGUCAUCAACACCAGCGCCAGCAGCGGCGCCGCCAAUGGCAUGGCAGACCCGCUGACGUGCAGUGCCGGGAUGGGCAGUGCCACCAGUCCCAAGCUGGAGCCGCCCCCGUCGCCUCACGCCAACCGCAAGAAGCAUCGGCGGAAAAAGAGCACUGGCAUCACCAAACCAGACGGGAUGUCCGCCGGCACUGAGGAGCAAGAGGAGUCAUUCGAGUUCGUCAUUGUGUCACUCACCGGACAGAUGUGGCACUUUGAGGCGUCAACGUUUGAGGAGAGGGAAUUAUGGGUAACAGCCAUCGAGAGCCAGAUCUUUGCCAGCCUACAGUCCUGCGAGAGCAGCAAAAACAAGUCACGGUUAGGCAGCCAGAGUGAUGCUGUGGCCAUCCAGUCCAUCAGGAACGUGAGGGGGAACAGCUUCUGUGUGGACUGUGACGCCCCCAACCCCGACUGGGCGAGCCUGAACCUGGGCGCUCUGAUCUGCAUCGAGUGCUCGGGGAUCCACCGUAACCUGGGCACCCACCUGUCGCGCGUGCGCUCCCUGGACCUGGACGACUGGCCCGUGGAGCUCAGCAUGGUCAUGGCUGCCAUCGGCAACGCCAUGGCCAACAGCGUGUGGGAGGGCGCCCUGGACGACUACACCAAGCCAGGCUCAGACUGCACCAGAGAGGAGAAGGAGCGCUGGAUCCGGGCGAAGUACGAGCAGAAGCUCUUCCUGGUGGGGCUGCCCCAGUCGGACGUGCCCCUGGGCCAGCAGCUGCUGCGGGCGGUGGUGGAGGACGACCUCCGCACGGUGGUGCUGCUGCUGGCGCACGGCACCAAGGAGGAGGUCAACGAGACGUACGGCGACGGGGACGGACGCACCGCGCUCCACCUGUCCUGCGCCAUGGCCAACGUGGUCAUCACCCAGCUGCUCAUCUGGUACGGAGUGGACGUGAAGAGCCGCGAUGCCCGCAGCCAGACCCCGCUGUCGUACGCCCGGCGCGCGGGCAGCCAGGAGUGUGCCGACAUUCUCCUCCAGCACGGUUGCCCCAACGACAGCGGCGCGGGCCUGGCCUCGGCCCCCACCCCCACCGCCACCCGCCGCAACCCCAACGCCAACAACAACAACGCCCAGUGCGAGCUCAACCGCAGCAUCAGCAUCAUGUAGGACCAGCGGAGGGGUGGAUGAGGACAACCCCCCCGACCCACCCGCACUGACUGACUGUGUCUCCCUUCCCUCGCAUACUGUGCCCAAGUCCACCCCCCCCCCCCCCCCCCCUCGCUGUCUCCCCAUCCCAGGUCCAAGGGCCCAGAUAGCAACAGGUUCUGGAGCAGAUGUGGCCUGGUUCUGCUGUGGAUCCGGCCCAGUUCCAGACUCGGCUGCCAUCUGGCCCGUGGCGUUGGCCAGAGUGUGUCUCCAUUUGCUCAGUGUUGCCAGUACACUCAUUCGUCACCACUGUUCCCUCCCGUGUCUCCUCUCCCAUGUGACUGUGGCGUCCGUCUCCCCACCCACCCCCCCGGCAGAGCGUGACGGGCCGCCCCGUCUGCCAGCGCCUCGUGUCCGUGACCCUUGAGUGAGUUGGCCGUCCACCGAGCGCUGUGUCUCCACUGGUCCCAUCACCAGAGCUCCGGGUCCUGGCCAUGCCUGCAAAGCUCACGCCACACUGACCUCCCUUUAUCUCGGAGAAAACACACACAACGAUACACACUCAGAUCAAUCAAGAUUUCACUGUGUAGUUUCAGUUUGCUCUACUUGAUGAACCUUCAUGGCCCACCUCGUUGUCCAGUAAAUUCAGGAAGAACAGCCGUCACAGGGAAGUGAGGACAUAAUCACAGGGCUUGACGUUCUCAGACACUGCGCCAGAACUCAGGCUUGGGCCAGGCCUAGGCCAGGCCUUUGAAGAUUUGAGAAUAGAUCGUUAUUCAUAAAGGCUUUGACAUUUUCUGAUAACUUUAGGCACAAAAAAUGUUCCUUGCUUUGUGCCCUAUAAUCAGUCUAAUAAAUCUAAAACUUAACCAAAAUUUGAAGUGCGACAUUAUGUCAAGUUAUCCUUAAUGUUAAGUUUCAAAUAGAGAUUGGGACCUAGUAGGUCUCUUUGAGGUCACUGGAAUCCACUGGAAUUCCAAGGGUAGUCUAUAUAACAUGUGUAGAUAGUAAUAGCCUCUGAAUAUAUUCAUCUUGUCAACAACAACUGCAUAAAAUUUGCUGAACCCAUUUCGGCCUCUACUUCAACCUCUUACUGAUGGUGAACAAUUUUAGCCCGUCUGUAUGAUGUUUACAUUUAACAGCUAAAAGUCUAAAACAAAGCGCAAAACCUUGUGUUGUACAUGAGUAGUGGUUGGUGUAUGUAAUGGCGUUUUAAGCUUAUUUAUAUCAGCACUACUUUAAUAUUGAACCACCUGGACAUUGGAAUCAUUGGAAUCUGGAUUUAAAAAAAAAAAAAUGACCGUCAGUUCAGUUUUCAUUGAUUCAUCAUACAGUAGUAUAGACAUAGGAUUCAGUGAACACUAACCCUAGGAAGUGAACUUGUAAAAAAAAUAUUAGAAGUAAAAACCAGGUCAAAGAUAGUCAUGGAGUACUAUGGAAUUAGAGAUCACUGUGAGGGCAGGUUUGAAAAGCCCCAUUAAACCCAACCUGAUUGCGUCAUAUAGAUGACCAAAGGGGUCACUGAAUUCUCUCCACCCGUGACAGGACUGAAGAGUGCGAUGACACGCAAAUGCCUCUUUAAGCGCGUGAUACCUAGUGAUUACACUGAAGCAGCCUCGUCUUGACCGGCUCUUUGUGUUUGUGGAUGGGGAGCUCUCGUGGAUCCCUACCGUUCUUUUGAAAUCCACUACGACAGGGAAUGCUGUCCGUGUGAAUGUGCCAGCGGAAUCACUCAGCUCUUGAGACAACAUCUGACCUGCCCGGCUCUCCACUCCUCAGCAGCGCGUGAGUGGACGUGAGCAUGGACGUGUGAGCGUGUCACAGAGAAGAGUGCAGAUGCGGAGAGAGAGAGAAAGAGAGAAAGAGAAGGUGGAGGCGGAGGCCCAAGGAGAGGAAGUGGUUUUUAACGUCAAAACUUUGGGAAGCAAAAAAAAAAAAAACAACAACAUGGCCGCAAGCCAGCGAGUCGGGAGAAAAUUAUGUACAGAUUCUUGUAAAAAGUCCCUAUUUUCCUCACAGCCAUUCCACGGUCGCGUGGACCCAAGACCCCAGUGGCCCUCCUGGACUGGCUAUGACUCCUUCCUCUGAAACUAUUAUCCUAAUGUCCUGAUUCAGGGAACCUACCCAGUCCCAUUUAGGUACUAAACGUCAGUGUCUUGUCAUCAUGUAGAACAGACGAAGAAAUGACCUUCAGCUCUCAUCUGGUCACAAGGACUGGGAUUGCUUUGUUGACCAGUAGAUCUGAAUGUUCUCUGAUUCAUUGUGUGACUGUAGGCUUUUUCCUUACAUUAUGAGUGACACAGCCAUUUUUAGAUUUUUAGCAAAAAAUAAUACAUUAGAUAUAUUUCUGGAUUUAAGCAAGUAGCACAAGGUCUACAGAGGUCCGGUCUCGACUGUGUGAACCAGACUUCAAGAUUCUCCUACUCAAAGUCGUUGAUGUUUUACCAUGCAGUAUUUUAUGUUUACAGAGCCAGGGUACUACUUAAGCAUGGUACCAUUAUUUAAAUUUUUUAGUUGGUGUGUGCAGAGUCAUUAUGUCACAUACAUAACAUGACCUAUAUGCACACAAGGAGGGCAAUGAAAAAGAGAAAGACAAAAUGUUGGGUGAAUGUUCAAAUUAAACUGUCAUUUCGCUGUCUCUUUUGCCAGCUCCUUUUUUGGCCUCGUUACCAUUUUCAUCUGUGAUAUUUGUGCCUCAGAGUUUAUUGUGGCCACCAAAGUGCUUUCAUAACACUGCCAUACGCCGAAUAGGGAGACGAUGUGACAAGCUCAUGCCAACAAACAAACAAACUGCUCAAGAAGGCCGUGAUGUAAUGGCGCCAUUAUGACUUAAACGAUGCGACCAAAAGCCAUGCCAGCUCACUCGGUGUUGGGCCGGAGCCUCAACGUGUCCGCUUUCAUGAGCUGUUAUGUCACACACAGUAUGGCAGUAUUAUGGCAGACGGGUCAAAAGAAGUUUUUUUGUUGUUUUUUUUUCUCUCCAACAGCUAAACCUAAGUGGGUACAUACCUCUUACUCAAUGCAUCACACACAGGUCACUAAGAAUAGACUGCCUGUUCUACAUUUAGGUUUGUUCUUUAUUUUUUGUUUUUUAAAAUAAUGGACAUUGCCUGUCAAAUGUUGUUUAAAUAUCAUUAUUACGUUUAAUUGGGCUAUUCAACAUAAUGUUGAUCAAACAGAAAGCCUUCAAAGAAAAUAUUUGUUUUUAAUGCACCAACAAACCUGAACCUGAAGAUAUUUGACCUCAAUGAACACGAUGUGAAAGAUGGUAUUUUACCCUUAGAAGAUACAAUAUGCUAUACCUUUGAUGUGCCCUUAGUGUUUUCGCCCGACCUCCGUGUUCUGACUACAGUCUUUCCAUGGGAAGGCUAGUUCUGGAAAUCUUUUAUGUUGUCUAACGAAACAUUCAGAGUACAUCUAUAUGUAUGAAGCCUGAGUAGGCAAGAUGUAAAGAGGUGGGACUAGGGAACAAGGCUGCAAGCUCUGUAGCCACUUCUACUAUUCCACUUGAAUGCUGUGUUCAUGAAUGGAUUACACAUGUUUAGCUAGACACAGUUAGAGAAAAGUGCCCUCUCUUCCAGUCAUUGUUAUUUUUUUUACCCCCAAAGAUCACUGGUUGAAGAUAUAGGUAGAUAUAUCAAGCUAGGACCUUGGACCUUAUCCUAAGCAGUCUGAAUGUGUUGUGUGAGUUUCUUUUGCCAUGUACAGAUAUGGGUGCACUAGCAUGAGAAGAGGAGAUUUUUCAGAGGUAAAUAUAAGGCAAGUGACCUUUUGUGUGAGGUGUGUAAGGGGCAGCACCUGAAAGCUAGUUUCUGCUAUAGGACGGAAUUGGACCUCUAGGUAUGAGCUUUGUCCUGACUAACAGCCAUUCAUGCUUUCAGGUGCACCAGCACUGUCUUCAACUGUUAGAUAGCAAUGCCCUCUUUCCCUCAAACAUUGUAUCUUUUACAUUACUUUGGUUGGUUUAUCUCUUUUUAAUGAUGUUUUAGGUACUUUUCUUUGGUCAGUUUUGGCCAAUUUAAGGUACUUUGUGUAAAAUGAUGUACAUUUGACAUAUUUAUAAUGCAGGAUGUAAAUAUUGUUUUGUUUGUUUUUGUUCUUUUUUGUUUUGUUUUUGGUUCAUUUUCCAUUGUGUUUCAUUUCCAUGUUCCAAGUGUGACAUCAAGCAGAAGCAAGAGAGUAACCUGUUGUGUGAUUGGAUGCUUGGCUGGCAAUUGACCUAUUAAACCAUCCCAAUAAAAAUGAUUUAUACCAUA